CGCAGCCGCGCUGAGGCGGCGAGGCCAUGGCGGCGGCUUGGCUCUGCACAGUUAGAACUAAAGUCUGCACAGCAUCAGCUUUUGGGAGAUGUCUACAGAAGGAGCUCUGGACAAGGUCAUGGAGAAGGGAAGAUGCUGGCCUGCCCUGGACUUUUGGUUCGUGGGAGUGUUUGCAGUCACAAACCCAGCGAGCUCAUGGUGUCAGUAAUCGUCUCAGGAGACCACAAAUGCCGUCUGUGUGUCUGUCCCACUCGGCCUCUGCUGCUGUGGUCCAACAGAAGGCUGUGGAUGGGAGCACAGAAGAGUUCAAGCUGGUCUACAGGUUCCCAGGGAUAAAAUAUUGCAGAGUCCUGUCGAGACUGAAGCUGUUGCAGACUGCCACCUCCAUGAUCAUUCUGCCUCCUAUCUUCUACCUCUACCUGCAGGACCAGGUGUCUCAGAAUUUCCUCUUCUAUACAACUGGCAUCGCUGUCUUUGCUGGGGCAAUGUUGUAUGGUAUGAGCUACUUUUUCAGAAGAAUUAUUGGAUUAAUCUACUUAAGUGAAACGGGACAAACUGUCAGAGUGGCCCACUUGACAUUUUGGGGAAGACGUAAUGAUAUUUACUGCCCCAUAGAGACAGUGGUGACUUUGGAUGAAGUUGGAGAUAGCAAGGAUGAGCUACUUCACCAGUUCAAACGGUAUAACAGUACAGAUACUUUGUAUUUUACAAUUAAGUAUGGCCAGAUUGUAGACAGACAGAAAUUUACUCAAAUAUUUGGAGACCUUGUGUGACACAGCAGCUCAUUUCCAAUGAUCUUCCAUGUUGCGUGUUCAGUGUCCUUAUUGUUCCAUGAGGUUUAAGUCGUUUACCAAACUACACAUCUCUGUCCUUUUCCUGUGCAAAGCCUGCUGUAAGUGCACCCAGUAUAGAAAGUCGGUGGUAAAGCACAGCCCACUGGAUUAAAGGUCUUGCAGCUUGUGUAUGGUGUGAGGAGUGUCUGUCCCAUGUUGGAUUCAGUAAUGUCACAGCAUUCCAGGCCUGAACUGUCCUUGGAAUGUGCCGUAGGACACCAAAUUACUGGGGGUGACCCUGGCUUUUUGUUUCAGUUGGCCUCUUUGGUUGUUAUGAAACAUGAAAAAGCUCUUGAAAUGAAAUGCAAGAGCUGCCAGAGCAUCCUCACUUCAAACUCAGUGUUUCUUUUAGCUAAUUUCAGGUUGGCUACGAAGCCUCUGGAAAUAAAAGCUGGUCUGGUACAUCUAUAUGAUGGAUGUCAGAGAGGGACAUGCUCACGUGUUAAUGCAGUUGAGGGAACUGGGAAGGUGUGUGGGCUGUCCUGGCCCCAGGAGGGAGGGCUCUCCGGGAUGGGAGUAGAACUGGGCAAAACAGCAAGAGACGCUGGCAGCUCAGCUGCUGCGUUAAAGGCUGGGACAAUAGCUCAGGAGCCUCUUACAGAAAUUGCCAUUCUUCACUGGAACAGGAAAAGCAGCACCUGUCUCCAUGUAGGGUUGUGGUCUUAUUCCAUGGUACUGGUACGAUUUCUCCUCUUCCAAAACCUCAGUAGAAAUGAGGAAUUUAAACCCAAGAAAGAAGCAAACCUAUCACCUAUAACACGUAACACAUUUUUGAACUAUCAGAAGCAAGAUAAUUCCUUACACCCCUCUUCUAACUUCCUUUGAAACUGGCAAAUAAACUGACUCACCAAUGA